AUGGAUAUCUAUGAGGUUGUUGCCCGUGGUCAGUCACACAGCCACCGCGACGGAUCUCCUGGUUGGCGCCAUCUACCAGUAACCCGUGGUAAAAGCUUAUGGCAAAAUCGAAGUGGAGGCUCCAAUAAAAGCGGUCAUCAACAUCGUGGCGACCGAGUUGGUAGUGGUUUCUCAGCCGUCGCUACGGCUGCAACGAAAUCGGCCAUAGCAAGAGCAAUGUCCCAAAAUGCAAAGUUAUUGAAGCCAUUUGUGCUCUUGGUAUCUACCGAUGUAGAUUAG